ACCCGGUCAUCAACUCAGUCUUAGCAAGGUCCCGUCGCUAACAGGACGUGUGUACACGCGCCGUUCUUCUAUCUCCGUCUCUCUCAGCAGAAUACCAUAAUAUACCUUGGUUCUCUCUGUCAAGGAUUUGUGAACGGUACCUUAGUAAGUGCGCUCCGCUCUUUGCCGGUGUCGGUUCGUACCGAACUGUUCCCUACAGAGUAGUGAUUUUGUGUGAUAAAAUGUGUUUUGAUUCACUGGAUUAUUAGACUGUUUUGUGACUGAUAUUUUAGAAGGAUUAUUGUGUAAAGAUGCCGAAGAUCUUUUUGAUAAAAAACCGGCUGCACCAGCAGCAGUUGCGUUUGUUGGAGAACCAGAACGCGGCUCAGGGGAAGAACGAUCAUUUGGGGAUCGAGAAGAGCGAGGGGAAUAAUGGGCCCGCUUCGCCCGGGUCUCCCCAACCCUUGUCUUUGAUCGUGCCCAAGAAAGAUGAUAAAGAAAAACUAGACGAGAAUCCCAAAUCAAAAUCGCCCACACCUACAGAAGAGGUAAAGAAGCUCACAGAAACCGUACCUCCACGAAGGUUCAUCUCUUCAAUUCUUGGAGGCGAUGUUCCUUACGGAAGUAGAGGUCAUGUACUCACGCGUGCCGAAAGAAAAGAGUACGCACCAAUUGUUCCUUCUAGCAAGGUUACAUUACCUACAAGCCCAAAACCCAAAGAAGAUUGCGUCAAGCCACAAAACCUAGCACCAAUCAGACAUUUUUCUGUAAUACAAAGAACUCCAAAAGCGACAACAAAAAGAGAAGAGGACACAGACGUUCGAUUGCCAAGUUCCGUAAUCCAUCCGGAACCGGAACAGGACCAGCCCAUCGACUACCACAUCCCUAAGAGGAAAGGCGAGGUGGAAAACGAAGAGGAGGAAAGAAGACAGCGCGAACAGCGCAGGUCGCACUGUUCCAAAGUGAACAAACCGCUAAUUAAUGUGCGGUCGAUCGUGGGAAAACUGCCCAUCGUGACUUCGGCUGCUGCGGGCCAUGGACGUACAUCAUCUGGGGGUGGUUCUGCAGGCAACAAUGGAAACUCGGGUGGCUCUAGUGGUGGGGGAUCCAUUAAUUUCAAUGGUGGAUCGGGAGGAGGAAGUGGAGGAGGUAGUAUAGGAGGUGGAACUGGUGGUGGCGGUAUGAAUCCUGGAAGAGAUGGAAGACAAAACUACGGACCAAGCAGUCCACCUACAGGCUCUCUACCUCCAUUUUAUGAAUCUCUCAAAAGUGGAAAUAAUGGAAAUGGUUAUAAUGCCAACGGAAAUUUCACCUCAUCUUAUCUCUUGUCGAGUCAGCAAAAUAUGGACUGUGACACAGGACAGGAUUUGGCCAACCUCAAUGUUAGCGGUCAAUCAUCGCCGAAACAAUACUCAACGUUACAAAAUGCCUCGUACGGCAUUGUCAUGAAAGACGAGACUGACCUGGAUCUGUACGAAAACAAAAUGGAUCCCAUGAACCAACUACUUCCCAAUGGAUACUCAGGGUACGACGAGAGCAUGAUGGUAGACAUGGUCACUGGAGCAGUCGUGGAUCCUUUACAAUUUACCGCUACUCUGACCUUUUCUAGUAGUGCAGAACACGCCCUGCUAGAAAGUCUUUCGGACGCCACUGACCUAUCUUCGUUUUUGCAAAGAUUACCCAACGAAGACAACACCGACAGUGAUGAAGUUGUCAGCAGUAAUAUUCAUAGUCCCAGUACAGAAUCCACACAACUUCAGGUUGAUCAGAACAUCGAUUCCUUCAACGAACAAAUGCUCAACCGCAACCAGUACGACUCAGGUAGGGCGGGGUACAACCACUCGCAGUUCUCCAAGAUGUACCAAGAAUCAUUACCUCCAUACUCAUCGUCGAUCACUCCCUCUAAUGAUUCGCUCCAAGUUCAAAUGCAACAGCAGCAAAUGUUGUCACCUACGUUAAGUUUUAAUGGUAGCGCUCUGGACCUGGACUCGCCCACCGCGAUGUCUCUACCCAGUCCGGGCGCGGCGUCCUGCUCCCUGGACGGCGACAGCGGCGGCGGCACCUUGAGUCCACCAGCGGCGGCGGCAGCGGCAGGAAGUGUGAGUGGCGGGGGUAGAAGGGUCUCGGCCGCUUCGGCGGGGGAGGCGGCGUCGGUCGCGCCGUCCCUGCAGGGCAGGGUAAAUGUCCAGCGGCGGAGGUUUCUCUUACAGCUCGGCCUGCCUAGCGAAGUCCAGCUCGAAUUCGUCAAUGGCGGCCAUGGAAUCAAAAACCCACUGGCUAACCAAGAAACCGUCAGACAGGGACCCAGGACGGAAGACAAGGCCAAAGUUGCCUCAGUGACCACCGAGGAUGGCCAAACAACAUUCUGUUGUAAGGUAAGUAUAUGCAACAAGACCUUUGCCCUCCAGCGUCUCCUCAACCGACACAUGAAAUGUCACUCUGACGUCAAAAGGUAUUUGUGCACGUUUUGCGGAAAGGGAUUCAACGACACUUUCGACCUCAAAAGACAUACCAGAACACAUACAGGUGUGCGGCCGUACAAAUGUGGACUUUGUGAAAAAUCUUUUACCCAAAGGUGUUCCCUCGAAUCUCAUUGUCUAAAAGUACAUGGAGUACAGCAUCAGUACGCAUACAAAGAAAGGAGAACAAAGGUAUACGUAUGCGAAGAAUGCGGCCACACAACCUCCGAACCUGAAGUUCACUACCUCCACCUCAAAGAGAAACAUCCCUACAGCCCGGCCCUGUUGAAGUUCUACGACAAGAGGCACUUCAAAUUCACGAACUCUAACUUCGCCAACAUGCUGUUGCAAGUUCGAACAUAGAACCCAUAGGGGCACAUCAUAAUGUUAUUCCUCUUAAUGUUAACUUAUUAAUUAUUUUGUAGGUAUUGUAUGUUUUAUGUUAUGUUCUCGAUUGGACCUGUAUCUUCUAGAGAAAGAUUUCAAUUUUUAAUUCUCAAAUUGUUUUGUUUUAAAAUCUUUCUCUAUUUUGGAUGUUACUCCAAAAAAUGAGGACACUUAUAAAUAAGUGAUGUAAAUCAUUCUAAAACGUAUUAUUUUUUUUUUGUUGAAGCUUUCUCUUGUACCAUGGUCCUCGAGAUAUAAUAUAACGUUUAAUAUUCCGUCCAAUAUAGAAGAAAAUCCAAGAAAUAAUAUCUCAAAGCGUUUUACACUUUUGUUUCUUUUAGUUGGAGGGUCCAAUGUAUCUGUUUAAUCUCUUCUGUGAUAAUUUUAUUAAAAUUAAUCUUUUCAAGGUUUAAUUUUUUAUAUUUUUUAUUUGUAUUUUUAUUAUGUUGUUUAACAUAUUAUACACACACAUUUUGAUAAUCAAUGAUACUUCAUUGGUUAUUGAAUCUUAUAUCGAUGUUUGCUGGUAUAUGUGACUUAUCUAUUUUUAAAAUUAAUAAGAUAAUAGAUGAAUCAUGUAUAUCUAUUGCGUAACAUUGAAUAACAUCCAGAUGUUGGCAAAGUAAUGCCAAACCUUAUAAUAAAUUCGGGUUUUUUGUGCAAUCAUGGUGGAUGGAUCUGGGUUAUAAACUUAGGAUGUAGUUCAAUUAAUUCAUUAAAAUAUUGUUACGCACUUCUUCUCUGGAACACUGUUAAAAACUAGAGCAUUUGUUUUAUCUUUCUGGCUAUUAAAAUAUAAAAUGAAGUAAUUUUAUUUUUUGAAACUCAAAUAUGUAUAGUUUUUUGACCAAAAUUCUUAGAUAGUAGUAUUAGUUUUGAAAAAUGAUCUAAAACUUAACUUGUUCCAGACCUGUGUUCUGGUGCUUCAUAGAAGAAAACUAUUGUAAAAACCUAUGGUGCUGCAGAAUAUUAAUCAUGAAUGAAACUAAUUAUAGAUUUGAAGUGAUGGAACCUAAAAUAAAAAAGAAUUAGAGGUGUUUCUAAUGAUAUAUCGUUCCAUCUUCAAUUCCCUAGUUAGUUUGAGAGAAAUAAAAGAAAGCAUGGUCAUUAUUUACAACGAAAAUUAUAAUUUAUAAUUCGCAAUAUAUUUUUGUUUAAAUAUUUGAACGAAUCAGUGUGUGAAUGGGAACCAGAGUAAAUGAGUUGUACAUAGUACUAGACCUAAAUUAUAUUAUAUUUAAGUACCUUUUCUACCUUUUCUUUGAUGAUUUAUAUAGAUUUUUUUAACAUUUUUAUUAUUAUGUUAAACCCAACAUCACAUAUUCACAUGUGAAUAUAUGUUUCAAUUCGUGAAAUACAGUAUUUUAUUGAACAAAUCUGAAAUGUAGCUUAGUCAGGCAUAAUUAGAAAUUGUAUUUUUUUAUCUGUAAGGAUCACUGAAAUCUUGCAGCAAUUCAGGAACUGAAGUUAAGUUUAAAAUAUUUGUAAUAAGUUUAAUUAUCGAUUUUAACUUAUGAAAGCUUUGUAUUUAUGUAACUUAUCUUAAAGACAUUAUCUGUACUUAACAUAGAACGAAAUAUAUUGUAUUUUCCUAGUGUUUGUUAAAGAAAUAAAUACUUUAUAGAAAUAA